GUUGUCGGAGACGACACCAACAUGCGGGAGAUCAUCAAGGAGGGAAUGCUGGACAUAAACAUGGCCAACCUGAAUCGCAAGUACACCAAUCACAUAGCCGACAUCAGUGAGAUGGACGAGCGGGUGCUGCUCUGCUGUCCGUUGGCCAGGGAUCGCAAAAAGGAGUCGCAUCCCAGCCCACUGCCCGCCUUGUGCUCCUUUUCCCCUUCACACAGGAAACUUCUGGCCCAAGAUCUUCCCCAAAACCUGGCCGCCUGCAUAGUAAAAGGCUUGCAGAAGGAGGAAGAUGGGGAGAAGGCUAUUAAAUAUGUAGAUGACACCUUGCAAAAGAUGGAGAGGACUUUCACCAGUGCGAGUGCCGCCAAAAACUUGGAUGCCAAGGCGGCCGCUAAGCGUUUCCAUCUGGCCAGAGGUCUCUAUUACAAAUUUCUGCUCAAGUUUCUUUCCUCGGAGAUGGUUAAAAAGCCGCAGCUUAAGAUUGGUCAGUUGCUGAAGCAGCGCACGCUAACCCAAAGCCUUUUGGCCUGCUGUCUGGAGGUCUCUCUCCACGUUCACGAUGAGCAAGUGGAUAACUUAAAGUUUCCCUUUGUGCUGGACUGCUACUUGCUGGAUGCCUACGAUUUUCAGAAGAUCCUGGAGCUGGUGGUGCGCCACGAUAAUGGUUUUUUGGGUAGAGAGCUUAUCAAACACCUGCAUCUCGUGGAGGACAAGUGCCUGGAGUCGCUGAUUUUCCGCAAGACCUCGCAGUUGUGGUGGAACCUAAAGCAGAGGAUGCCCGCCUACCAGGAUGUGCAGAUGUCGGAGGCGGAGGGCAAGGAGAACUCCUCGACGGGAGCGGGCAUCUGCCUGCGAAAGUUCUACGGUUUGGCCAACAGGAGAUUGCUGCUUCUCUGCCAGAGCCUCUGCCUGGUGGAUGCCUUCCCGAACAUCUGGCACUUAGCAGAACACUCCUUCACCCUGGAUGGUGGCCGAAUGCUGCGUAAUCGCCACCUGGACCAACUGCUCCUGUGUGCCAUCCAUCUUCAUGUGCGGCUGGAGAAGCUGCGCCUCACCUUUAGCCUGAUUAUCCAGCACUAUCGCCGGCAGCCCUUCUUCCAGAGAAACGUCUACCGGGAGGUCGAUCUGGGCAAUGGCCAGUCGGCGGAUAUCAUCCGUUUCUACAACAGCGUGUAUGUGAAGAGCAUGGGCAGCUACGGUCGUCAUCUGGACUGCGAACAAUCGCGGAAGUCACAAAAACCGUUGGGUAUUUUAAAGGAUAUCCCACUCAACGAGCGCUCCUUGGGAUCGAAUAUAAUUAUAUCCGCGACACCCCCGCCAAAGGUGUGCAAAAAUGGCUCCUGCUCCAGUCUUCCACCGCCCCAUGCAUCCCCCCCGCCCACGCAGAUCUCGCCCAGCAUGAAACGCGCCGCUUCGAGCAGCGAACUGAGAGAGGUCAAGCGUCCCAACAUCCUGCGCCGCACCAGCUUUCAGUGA